AAUAGCUUACAAACUGAAAAUACUACGUACGUAAAACCCAUGCAGUGUGCACAAGAGAAGUCAGGAUCAGUUACCAUGGUAAGAAGUACUGACAAGAAAAAUUACCGAAGAAGUGCUUCAGAAGCAGUAGAGGAUUAUAUGAAUCCACAUUAUGUCAUUCAUCAGCUUAUAUAUUCUGCUGCUUUCAGAACACUAAACCCAUCAUUACAGAAGUUUCACUCAGUAUCAUUUCCAGAUUCGCUAUCUGCAAAAAAGAGAAUGUCCAACGAAUAUGAUUAUGCACAUGUGACAUGA